CCGGCUAAAGUGAGAAGUAAAGGCGAUGGGGCCGGGUGUGCCGCGUCGACAGUGACCUGCUCGGGGCCUCGUUUUCGGGAGAGGGUAGCAGUACGCCCCGGCUUCAGGAAAGGACCGCGAGGCCGUUAGGUUUUGCUCUUCGUGUUGGACGGUCCGUAGGCUCCAAUGGCUGCGGGCUCUGUGGCCGCCGCGCCAUCUCUCGGGCCCCGGCCGUGUACGGUGAAAGUGGAGGAGGACGCCCCCGGGAGUCAGGAGUGCUCCGGAUCCGGGGAUUGGCAGAACCCCGAAGCUUCUCGCCAACAGUUCAGGCAGUUGCGCUACCAGGAAGUGGCCGGGCCUGAGGAGGCGCUGAGCCGCCUUUGGGAGCUGUGCCGGCGCUGGCUGAGGCCCGAGCUGCGCUCCAAGGAGCAGAUCCUGGAGCUGCUGGUGCUGGAGCAGUUCCUCACCAUCCUGCCGCAGGAGCUCCAGGCCUGCGUGCGGGACCACUGCCCCGAAAGCGGGGAGGAGGCUGCGGCCUUGGCGCGGACUCUGCAGAGAGCCCUGGACCGGGCCUCCCAACCGGGCAUCCUGACCUUCAAGGAUGUGGCUGCAUCCCUGACCUGGGAAGAGUGGGAGCAGCUGGCUGCCGCUCGGAAAGGUUUCUGCAGAGAGAGCAUAGAGGACUCUGGGAGCCCAGUUGUGCCCGGUGUGGAAACUAGAGCUGUGAACACUGACUUGAUUCCAAAGCAAGAAAUUUUCAAGGAGGAGGAGCCACAGGCAUUGUUACAAGAAGCGUCCCCGGGAAAGGGCCCACUAGUUACCAAGUGUGGUGACAGCUUUGAGGACUGGGAAGAAAAGCUGCCAAAAGAUGCUGUAGUGCUGCAACUCCAGAGUUCUCCCGGAGAGCACGGGCCCACCUCCAUCUUCCAUCUCAUGGGUGUGUCCAAGGAGGAAGGGGCUUCUAAAAAUAAUGAAUUUGGAAACAGUGCCAGCUCUGCCCUUGUUCAGCACAUCCAGACAGCAGAGAGGCUCGGUACCAAUGGUGAAUUUGGGGCCCACAAACAAGCCUUGGGAAGUGGGGAAUGGUAUACAGGGAAGCCUCACAAGUCUGUUGACAGUAGUCUGGGCCUUCCUGAGACCCAGAGACACGCCCAUGAAGAUAAGCGUUACAAAUGUGAGAGCUGCGAGAAGAGAUUCAGACAGCGCUCAGACCUCUUUAAACACCAGAGGACCCACACCGGUGAGAAGCCCUAUCGGUGCCAAGAGUGUGGGAAAGGCUUCAGUCAGAGUGCUGCCCUUGUGAAACACCAGCGGACGCACACAGGCGAGAAGCCAUACGCGUGCCCGGAAUGCGGGGAGUGCUUCAGGCAGAGCUCACAUCUCAGUCGGCACCAGAGAACCCACGCCAGGGAGAGGUGCUGUCAGUGUGAGGAGUGCGGGGAGACCUUGCAUCCUUCCAGUCUUCCCAGACAUCAGAGACUCCACAAAGGGGAGAGGCCGUAUAAAUGUGAGGACUGUGAGAAGAGCUUCAAACAGCGCUCAGACCUCUUCAAACAUCAGAGAGUCCACACAGGAGAGAAGCCCUAUGUGUGUUUUGUCUGUGGGAAGAGCUUCAGUCAGAGCGCAACCCUCAUUAAACACCAUAGAACUCACACGGGAGAAAAACCUUAUAAAUGUCUUCAGUGUGGUGAAAGAUUUAGACAGAGUACACACCUUUUCCGACACCAAAGAAUCCACCGAAAUACAGUCUCCUAGCUUUCCUAUGGCUCUGCAUGCUCUAUGUGGUGGUCUGUACUGUUGCUAUUUUUGUGAAAAGGUCUCACUGUAGAACUGGUAGUGGUUGUACAGACC